CCCGCACGUUACACCAUGGCACCCCCUAUGCAAAAGCCUUACCAGUACGUUAGGCUGCCCCAUUGCGUACUCUGCGGACAGAAAUUCAAUGCAAACAGUUUUUUCUGUUUAGUCCUACUGCUUUCUACAUGCAAGGAUCCAGUUGUAACUCAAGCUAUAAGCUUCCAAGGCAAUGAAGUAAUAUACUUGGAAGAAUUAUCCAUUCGUGUCUACAAUCAUCCGCGAAGAAGAGCAGUCUUUACUCCUGCUAUGCACAUUCUUUGCAAAGCAGCUGUAAUCAAUCUUCCAAGUCGUCGCACUCUCUCAGAUUUUAUCCUUGCAACAACACCAGUCGUAUGGACUGAACUUCCGCAAGAGAUCUAUAAAACCUACCCUCUCUCUUCUAAUUCAAUCGUUGCAUUAUUCGAAGAUUUUCGCCUCAAAGAACACGAUGGCAUCCUUUGUGGAUUAUUGAGGAGAUGCACAAAGCUGCCAGCCGAGCUGAGUGCGAUGAUAUGGGAUUUCCUCGACCCUGGUGCCAUUCGGUGCUUACUUGCACUCAAUGCAUCAAAUAGUAUCCGGUCAUACCUUCCUCGUUCAGCUGGGUGUGCAACUAUCUCUUUACACGGAAAGCUAGUGGUAUACUUCACCAACAUUAUCAAUGGAACCUAUGUAUGCGGCAUUCGACAAGGGUGUGUGCUGUAUGGUCAGAUGGGCAGUUGUUCUACCUCAAUUUUGGUCCCAUCUUAUUGUACCGCCUGUGUCUUCGGUUUUGGCACUUACGGACUUCAGAAGCUGAAGUUCUUAACCGGGACUGAAGCCAGUUCGGAGAACAUGAACGAACUAGAGAGCAGCAAGCUUUUUCGUGUUAUUUUGUGUCGAGAAGCAGGGCCGGUCUACAUUGAUAUUGCCUGGGAUGUCUGGAAAAUUUCUAUGACCAGCACUCACGAUAAAUCGACAUUCGGACAUGAUUUCCUUUGGCUAUCUCCGAUACCUUACGGCCAGCUGCGUUGGCUCUCUCCGAAGCUUUUCUACGACUGGCCGCGCCAUUUCCAUUUUGCAACCCAGUCUCAGCGAUAUAUGAGAUACAUAUCUUUACGAAACCAGCUGCUGUGCGGAUUAACCGCAUUCUGCUCCGAUGAAGGACUUGUCGGUCUAGGAAUCCACCAUCACUCUACAAAUUCUAGAGAGCAGCUAAUGGUAUCGUGGUACGGUAAACAACACGGUUGUCCGAUCCAUAUUCAAUUUGACUGCUCAGAAACGGUACUUUCAAUUCAUGUUUACUGGCAUCAGAAUGAUUCACUGUACAAUCGUUAUCUUGCUAUCACAACCAGCAGAGAUAGGCAUCACUUUCUUGGACCUUCUUUUUCGCCUUCCGUGAUCAGGAUGAAAAGAAUAUAUGGUCCUGGGGAUGGAGAAAUCCUGGGCCUCUACUAUGAUAUGUCUCCUGGUCUACCUAGCUUCACGAGCUUGGGGACAAUCUGUCAGCCACUCAAGAACCCUCUAGAAUCUACGCUCCAGGAUUCUAUACCACAGAUGAGACCGCAUAAUCCAGUGGUGAAUCAGUUGCAGAAUUCUGUGUUCCUUCAGUUUUCUUCACAAGCUUCAUUUAGAAACAUUCGAACAAUCAAAGCGUGCUAUGUGAGUUCUCGCUGUACAGGACUACUUCUUGAUUACAAUGACGACACAAUACGCAUCCUAGGUCGUUGGUACGAGAGUACACAGGUCCAGCCGGAUAUAGAAGAGAUAUCCCUACAGAAUGAUGAUAUAUUACGAUUUUAUUUGACAGACUCUGACAACCGGUUGAGUCUUAUUCGGAUUAAAUCUGUGUCGCGCACUGCUCCUCCUGAAAGAGAUAUAAUGUUCGUUGAUAUAGUUUAUGGCGAUGAAAUUGUCUGGGUGUUUUCGGACGUUUCUGACAUCAUCUUUUGUGAUCGCGAUUGAAUGUCAGAUGGACUAAAAAUCGUUCCCAGACCUAACUCUGUCAUCAAGAUCUUUCGGUGCUGAACAUGUUUUGACUUGACGUAUCUCAAAUUAUAAUAUGCUAGUAUCGACCUAGUACCAG